GCAGGCAGAGCCUCCGGGCGGGCAGCGUUAGCGGCGGGACGCGCCUCCCGGCCCGGGGAUGCGGGACCGGCUGCCGGACCUGACGGCGUGUAGGAAAAAUGAUGAUGGAGACACGAGUGUUGUUGUUGAAAAGGACCAUUUUAUGGAUGACUUCUUCCACCAGGUUGAAGACAUUAGAAACAGUAUAGCUAAAAUUGCUCAGUAUGUCGAAGAAGUAAAGAAAAACCACAGCAUUAUUCUUUCUGCACCAAACCCAGAAGGAAAAAUAAAAGAGGAGCUUGAAGAUCUAAACAAAGAAAUCAAGAAAACGGCUAAUAAAACUCGAGCCAAGUUGAAGGCUAUUGAACAGAGUUUUGAUCAGGAUGAGAGUGGCAACCGGACGUCUGUGGAUCUUAGGAUACGACGGACCCAGCAUUCCGUGCUGUCUCGGAAGUUUGUGGAAGUCAUGACAGAAUACAACGAGGCACAGACUCUGUUUCGGGAGCGGAGCAAGGGGCGCAUACAGCGUCAGCUGGAAAUAACUGGAAAAACCACCACCAAUGAUGAGCUAGAAGAGAUGUUAGAGAGUGGGAACCCUUCCAUUUUCACCUCAGAUAUUAUAUCAGAUUCACAGAUCACAAGACAAGCUCUCAAUGAAAUUGAGUCGCGUCACAAAGAUAUUAUGAAAUUGGAGACCAGCAUACGAGAGCUGCAUGAGGUGUUUAUGGACAUGGCUAUGUUUGUUGAGACUCAGGGUGAAAUGAUCAACAACAUAGAAAAAAACGUUAUGAAUGCUGCAGACUAUGUAGAACAUGCUAAAGAAGAAACUAAAAAAGCUAUUAAGUAUCAGAGCAAGGCAAGAAGGAAAAUGAUGUUCAUUAUUAUUUGUGUAAUUAUUUUGCUUGCGAUCCUUGGAAUUAUCCUAGCAACAACAUUGUCAUAGCAACCGUAUCCUUGGAGACUCAGACCACAUCUGCAGCUAAAUCAGCGUCCUGUCAUUUCAUGAAUGAACCCUAGGUGCUGUGACAGACGGCACCGGGUGCUGAUAUUUGUCGGUGAAUCCAAGGACGAAGCAGCGCCACAGGCUUUGCUCAGUGAAAAUGCUGGAGGCAGAAUGUAUGUGACGAGCUAACCCCGUAUCCUCGGACUCUGCGUAACGAACCACAAAAAUUUAACAAUGUGACACUUGUUUCAACGGCCUUACGAUAAGGAGUCAUUGAAAAUUUCAAUUUUUUAAAAUACUUCAGUGUUAAAGUUUUAUGUGAAGUUUAAUUAGGAGUACUUUAUGUUUCGAAGCUAUUGGACUUCAAGUAUAAGACUUCCUCCCCCUCUCCCAGCUAACAAGCUAAUUAAGAGACGUUUUGUACUGUGUUUAAGUCGUGUUUAUUUCUUGUUUGCAAAAAUAAUUUUUAUUAUCACAAAAGCUGUUUUGUAAGAUACCUAUAAUUUUAAGUGUUUAUAAAUUAAUUGUUUAAUAUAUUAACAUCUUAAUUUACCCAUUUAAUAUACUAAACAUUGCCUUUUAAAUGAAAUAGGCUUCAUAAUAUUAGAGCCAUCUUUGUACAGCUGUUUACAAAGUUUGCCAUGGUCAUAGCAAACAUUGGCUGUGCGGCAUCGCAGAAGCCUUUCCGGUACCUUGUGUUAGUAUUGAUUUCUAAAUUUCAGAUGCCCCUGAUACCUUCCAGAAGAGUCUGGAUUAUUGUAUUGAGCUCUCUUUCUGCCGGUUCCAUUACCCAAGAUAAUAAAUAAUAAGUUACUGUGUUGUAAAGGUAAUGGUCUCUUCUUUGCUCACCGACAAAAGGUGUGUUUCCCUGUUUACGUUGCUGGAGUCGGAAUUUACAUACGGUGAUGAAACCAAGAUUUAGGACUCCUUAAGCUCAAGGCAAUUAGUCCUAGACAUUAAGUAAUGUAAGAAUGUAAACCUUAUACAGGUCAUUUACAUGUUCUUGUUAACUAUCUCAUAUUCUGCUGAAGUUUAGUAGUUAAUUUCCACAGUUUUUAGGAAUCUAUGAUAAUUGAACAUUUUUAUUGCUCAUUAAAGUUUCUUAGUAAAACAAUAUGACUUAUUUUUAGAUUCAUAAAAUGUAUGAAAUCUUACUAGUGAACAAACAUCUGUUAAAAUAGCAGUUGUCCACAUUUUAAAUGAGUAUGUGAAGGAUAUCCAAAAUAUAUAGUUAACUUUUGUUCCUUUGUACGUUAUUGUAUACGCAUGCGACUGUAUUUUGACAUUGUUUGGUUUGAAAAUUAGCGUGGAUAUCCUCGAUUCCAGACAGUAAGUUUGAGUAGUAUGGAACAGCUUAGAAAAUGUGUCCCUUACUGGACGUAGUUGUGUUUUCCACUGGUCUGUAGUGUGUACAUCUGACUGGGUAACUUAGGGUCAGGUCUGUACUCAGGCGUUUUGCUUACUCUCUGGGCAUCACUGUGCACCCAGAGCUCUGAGGAUAUCCCAGCUCUAAUAUAUGUGUAUGCAUUUUUGUCCUUAAACAGUCUGUUUGGAAUAUGGUCACUGACUUGUGGUUAAGUUGAAUAUAUAACUCGUCUUGAAGGGUAUUUAAAUAUUUAGAGAUCAUGCUUGUAUUUCUAUAACUUGUAUACAUUUGUUUUCUCCAUAAUUAUGUCUACACAUAGAAGGGCUUUGUGUUGACCACGUCCUACCCCCCUGGAGGUCCCGCUUUUUCUUCAAGCUCAGUCUUACUGGAUCUUAACUCUCGUAAUAAUUCUUACUGUGUUUUUCAAGCCAUUCUUCCUAGAUUUGAAGUACUUACUGAAUUUGUGUUUUUAUAGUUGAAAUUAUGGAAAUGCUUCCUGGUUUCUGUUUAGAUAUUUAAGUCAGUUGUCAAAUGACACAUCUGUAUGUCAAAAGCUCAUGUACCUAUUUGAAAUCUGAUUUUUAAAAUAUUUACAGAUUCAUUUGUUACUUCUUAUUUCUUCAAAUGUUUUAUGUUUAUAUUAAAAAAAAAAGAGAGAGAACGAAAACCAAAUAUUUACUUUCUGCCUCGUCAUUUCUAGAAAGACUUUUGGGGAGAUGUUUUAUUGCAUAUCCGUUAAUAAAUUGUCCUGCUAAGAAAAUCACUCGUGGCUAUUAUUAUGUGUAAUGGUAUAAUUUGAGUUAAUUUUGGAUGUUUUGGUAGUUAUUUGUCAAUUUUGUCAUUAUAAGCUUGUGUUGUUCACGUCUCAAAUGUCAGCACUGUGUCUGGGAACCUGCCUGAAAGCCUUGCUAUUUACAGGAAAGGCUAAUUCAUCAAAUUUGGGCUCUAGCUGAAGGCCACUGGC